UAAAAUAUCUUCAUUUACAUCGGUGAAUGAAAAACUGAGUUUGAGUUGUACGUUAAAACCGUGUCCAUUAAUAAAAGUUUAGGCUUUCCCGUGGUGUCGGGCAUUGCACCCGCGCGUGCCUCUGCGCGUUAUAAGAAUAGCACUGACACAGAUGAUCUUAGCCAGCAGAUCGACAUUGAACGGCUUGAUGCCAUACUGUCGUUUUUAUGACUGAACUGUAAUUAAUUCGAGUGACACUCUGUGAUCAUAAGAUACCCGACUGGUGCUGUUAAUUCCAACCCUGCAACAUCAAUCUGCGCUGGCACAGACGUCGAUUUUUUAACUUGGAAGCGCCACCUACAAUUUCGUUUGAAGCUGACUUCUCCCUACAGGUGUCUUCAAGCGAAGCGGUUUUGAAUUUAUUUAAUGCAAUACCUACUCUCUCUGGUAGAAGAAAAGCUGUUUAGCCCCUCGUUCACGCAACACUCUUGCUCAGACUCAAGAGUAGCUGUUUCGACUUUCGUUCACACAACUCUUGCUCAGACCCAAUCGUAGUAGCUGUUUCGCCUUUCGUUCACACAACACUCUUGCUCCGAUAUCUCGCAAUGUCUUUGUCUGGCUCGUACACACACUGCAGGGAUGAAAAUUUUGAAGAAUUUCUAAAAGCAGCAGGCGUAAACGAUUCCAUGAUUCGCAAGAUGUGCCCCAGCACACCCACGCUGGAAAUGCAAGAAACUACGUCUGGCGUGACUAUCACGUACGGCCACGGUGGCGACACCUACACCAACGUCGUGACCUACGGCCAAGAAUCUCUCGUCGAUGUCGCGGGUUUCAAGUAUUACGUAAAGGCGUCGAAGACGCCUAACGGAUACGAAGGAACAUAUCGCCUUGAGAACAAAACUGGUACGUCAUCGGCUGAACUCAUCGGUGAUACCUUGACCAGGACCAUGACUUUGGACGGCGUCGUGUCAAAGCGAAUCUUCACGAAGCAGUAGCUAUAAGCGUGCUGUCCUUGUAACUGUGCGCCGGCAUUUUCGUCUGCAAAUCUCUGAAAUUUGAUCUUGGACAAUGGGCACUUGUGUGAAUUCAUAACACGCAAGCUGAAGGACUUUCAUGGCAUAGUAGUUUUGUUUUACUUUUAAUUAUGAAUUAUGGUUCCAUAGCUGGCGGGAAAAAUUUCACGCGGGAAAAAUUUCACGAACCGAGUCCAUGCAAAUGUAAAACGGCUUCAUCUCGAGCAGAUGAAGAACCUUUGUCACGUUGUCUGGCUUGUAUUUUUAGGUUGCGAAAUUUGUCGCAUUGCUUUCACAAUUUUGUCGCAUGUGCUUUCACAGGAUGCAGCAGUAAGAUCGCAAACAUUCCGGUUAAAAUCAUCGAAAGAUAUUUGGGUGACACUUACGAAUCUCAGCUUUCGAAGGACCCAAUGAGCCAUUUCGGGAUAUGAAAUUUAUACUGAUAAAUUUAAAUAUUGAUAGAUGGUUUCAAAGCUCGCAUUAAGCUUCGUAGAAAUUCGAACGCACAAAUUUGAUUGUUCGGCUUUUAGGCAAGAUGGUGAAGUUUUAUUAGCUGAUUAUCUCUAUAAUUGUCGCUGAGAUGAUUUUGCAAUGCCAGUUCAUCAAGAGUAAUUCCACAUUCCGCCGUCUGAAAAAAAAGAAUACAACGUACAAGAACUGAAUUCAAUGCAGUGAGCAAAAUUUUAUUUCGCUACAACUGAUGAUUUGUAAAAUUAACAACAGCAUACAUCUUAUGUAAACGAGUAAGUGUUAAAAAUAUAUUAUUUUAUUUGAAGUGAAAAAAUUAGCAGGUAUAUGACAUUUACGUGUAGAGUUCGGCGGUGAACCUUUUAUAGGAGAAAUCCUGUAUGCAACAACCCAGCCAAUAUGAGGUCUAAUUAACGGCUAUACUGAUUGGCUAGGUUAAUCAAUCUUCAUUAAAAUUCAGACUGACAUGAAUUAUUGGCCUUGUGUACCAAACUCAUUUACCUGGUCAGUUCCAAAUGAUAGGGCAUGUAGCAUGUCAUCCAGCAAUAAUUGAAUAACCAAGUAAACUCCAAGUAAAUGCAUUAUAAUUUCUUCGAAAAAUUUCGGAAAGCAACUAUAAUAAGGUUUUCAAUUAUGAUGGAUUUUCUUGGCAUUUUCCUAUAUACACGUUAUAAAUUUCGCAAGGACAAUUUAUUCAAUCCGGUGUUUUAGAAAUAUGGAAUCAUUUACCGAGGGUAUCCUAUAGUAUCAUUAUAUCAACUUCUUCGAAUGCAUAGAGAUAUGAUAACAGUUCAUCAACAGUUUCGGAAAAAUACACGUAAUCUAAUAAAAUGGUGACUAAA